AUGGUUUCUCAAGACCAAAGUAAGUACUCUGGCUCCAAAAAAAAUGGAGGUAAGGAGCUUGGAAUGGUAACUCCUCAAGACAAGCCCUUGAAGAAGAUGAAGUUUGUUUCAUCUGCUGAGAAAGAACCAAGCAGCACGACAACAAUUUCUGAGGAUUCAAAGUCAGGUCGAGGUAUGAGCACAAUGCCUCGUGUUGUGAAGAGAAAAUUGCAGAAAAUCAAGCCAGUUGUUGAGUACAAUAAAAGGGGGAAAGGAUGUGGCCCUGCACAUACUGAGAUGCAGUCCUACAUUGGUGUGUUGGCACGCUCCAGAGUCCCACUUGUGGACAAGAAAUGGGCUGACAUCCCCAAUGAUAUAAAGGAGCAGAUUUGGGAAGCCGUUGACAUGGCUUUUGUGGUAGGUCAAGGGGGCAAGACCUCGGUGUUAUCUUCUGCUGCCAAGAAAUGGAAGGAUUUCAAGUCUACACUGACGAGGCAUUAUAUCCUUCCAUACAUCAAUGAGAGGGAGAAAUUAAGCCAACCCCCUGCAGUAUAUAAAUUCAUAGAGAAAGCAGAAUGGGAUGCCUUUGUAGCUUCAAGGUUAUCCAAAGACUUUGAGUCUGUGCAUUCUCAACAUGCACAGAUUAGGGAGAAACUUGAGUACAAUCAUCGAUUGUCUCGAAAAGGAUAUGCUGGUUUGGAGGAUCAAUUGGAGGAAACCAUGCCUGGGGUAGAAAUUGAUCGAUCUACCUUAUGGAAGAAAGCUAGACAGGACAAACAUGGUAACAUCCCGGAUCCAAAGGUGGCAGAGAAAGCAAAAUUAAUUGAUGACUUGCAAAAACAAGUGGCUGAAGGCAGUCUGAGUAUAACUGGCAGUAAUGAUGUGUUGACCUUGGCUUUGGGUCCCGAGCAUCCAGGGAGAGUAAGAGGGGUAGGUGCUGGGAUUUCCCCUAGGCAAUUCUUCAAUUUACCUAGACCACAAAGGGUGAAGUUUGCUGAUCAAUUGAAGGAAAGUGUAAGAAUUGUCCUUCAAGAAGAGACUAAGAAGAUGGAAGCUAGAACCAAACAAUUAGUAGAGGCUGAGAGGGAACAUUUACUAAUGAGAUCCCUACAUUUAGAGGAUGAUACUGCCAGAAAUGGGGAACAGCAGGAACAAACGGGUGAUGAAGUACUCGAUUAUUCAAAUGUGGAGGUGCCAUCUUCCUUACAAUCCCUUUGUGGUUAUGUGGAAACUACACUAAAGCCACAGGGGAAGAUCAUGACCUUCAACAUUGAGAAGGAGGUGUUUGGUGCAGAUCGAAGUACCUUCGUCUUGCAUGAAGAUAUUACACAGUUUGCAGGCAUGGAAGAAAUUGGGGCUACUGUGGUUGCAGUAUAUAUGAGGUGCUUAUAUGAUCUUUUGAGAGAAGCAAAUAUGUGCAGCAUGGUUGGCUUUAUCGACCCUGCUCAAGUUAGUGCCAACGCUGGGUCACUAACUGACAGAUCACGAAUUGUAGCCAGUCGACUUCAGAAAACAGAUGGUGAACAGAUUUUCAUGAUGCCUUACAAUCCAGGCCGUCAUUGGGUCUUGCUGAUUGUGAGGGCAAAGAGGGAAACCGUCUAUUUUCUGGAUCCUCUGCCUGGAAAUCGUGUGGUUGAUGAGGAGGGCAAAAACAUCGUGAACAGUGCUUUAAAAAUUUAUAAUUCCCACAUAGGCAGACCAGGCCGUAAAGCACCAAUUUGGAAAACUCUGCCAGGCACACCAAAGCAACCCAGCAGUGUCGAAUGCGGGUAUUAUGUCAUGCGCUUCAUGAGGGACAUCAUCAUGGAUCCUUCCUUGGAGUUUGAGAAGAAGUUUGCCAAGGGAAAAGAUCAAGCGCCAUACCCCCAAGCAGCCAUUGAUGAAGUCAGGAAAGAAUGGGCAGAGUUUGUUUGCCUUCAUAUGGAUUAG